CACUAAGAUAUAAACUCAGCUGGAGAUGCAGAAGAGUACAAAUUCAUACAGCUUCACCGAUGAGAAAGUGGGGAGCUGGAAUCAUUGGAAAGCCGUCAGCGACUGCUGAAAAGCCUCUAGUCAUGUGCAUAUAUGUGUGACGUCAUUUUGUUGAAUAAAAUGCGAAUACGCGGUAUGAGCGACGCUCGAUACAAUUUCACGAGGGUAAUGUAAGAACAGCGGGGAUAGAUUUAUCAUAGAGUCAUAAUUAAAAGGGACUUGUAACCUGGGUAUAGGCUACUUGCAGCAGCAGCAGCAGACUGUCUCAGAAGAACGGUUGGGACUCCGAGCGUUUUGAAGUCGGACAGGUAGGCUAUCGAUAUCAAAGAACGUGACUGAUAAACCGCACGCGCUUAAAGAACUUGGGCGAAUCCCACCCGUACAGCAUUUGCCAUGGAAACCACUGGCAACAUUUCGGACUUUCUCUAUGCGCUUUCUAACCCAGCGAUGUCGAACAGCAGCGUAUUCUGCCGAAACUUCAGCAACAGCUCCAGUCUCGUGAACAUGAACAGCUCCAGAUGUGACAGGACUGCUGAGCUGGACAAAAGCUCAACUCCUGUGAUAGUGGCGAUCAUCAUCACUGCCUUAUAUUCUAUAGUGUGUGUGUUGGGACUCGUGGGCAACGUCCUCGUCAUGUAUGUUAUUAUAAGAUACACCAAAAUGAAAACUGCGACCAACAUCUACAUCUUCAACCUUGCUUUAGCAGAUGCCUUGGCAACAAGCACUCUUCCCUUCCAGAGUGUGAACUACCUGAUGGGUACUUGGCCUUUUGGAGACGUGCUGUGCAAGAUUGUGAUGUCCAUUGAUUACUACAACAUGUUCACCAGUAUCUUUACCCUCACCACUAUGAGUGUAGACCGCUACAUCGCUGUUUGCCACCCGGUUAAAGCCCUAGACUUCAGAACCCCCAGAAACGCCAAGAUUGUCAACGUGUGUAACUGGAUCCUUUCAUCUGCCAUCGGCCUCCCUGUCAUGAUCAUGGCCUCCACCACUACUGAGUACCACAGCAGCUCGUUUGCAGUCAUUGACUGCACUUUGCUCUUUCCCCACCCUCCCUGGUACUGGGAGAACCUCCUGAAGAUCUGUGUCUUCAUCUUUGCCUUCAUCAUGCCCGUCCUCAUCAUCACCGUCUGUUACGGUUUGAUGAUCCUCCGCCUGAAGAGCGUGCGCAUGUUGUCUGGCUCUAAGGAGAAGGACCGCAACCUACGACGCAUCACCCGUAUGGUCCUGGUGGUGGUGGCGGUUUUCAUCGUCUGCUGGACGCCGAUCCACAUCUUUGUGAUCAUCAAGGCUCUGGUGACCAUUCCCAGCUCACUCCUGCAGACCGUCACCUGGCAUUUCUGCAUCGCCCUCGGCUACACCAACAGCUGCCUCAAUCCGGUGCUUUACGCCUUCCUGGAUGAGAACUUCAAGCGCUGUUUCCGGGAGUUCUGCGUUCCCAGUCCCUCCGUGCUGGACCUGCAGAACUCAACUCGCACCAGGAACCUCCAGCGUGAAGGCCAGUCCAGCGGCAACACGGUUGACAGGACAAAUCAGCAGGUAUGACUAGUCCUGGAGAUGUCAUCACUGGAGUCCCGCUGCCAACCCAGUGUUGACAUGAGUUCGGAGGUCACGCAGGUCACCACAGGUGUCUAACACCAUCAUCUAUAGGAGUUGCGGUAGGUUGAACCUCUUUAAGCAUCUUGCUAGGCCUCCCCUAAAGAGCUGUUUCACAAUUUUGGUAUGGAGACUGUUAAAAGUUGAUUUUAGUGUGAAAUAUGAUAUAUACUAUAUUAUUGACCCCAAAUUAUCCCAAUAAGCUGAGCUUGUUUCACUAUCUGUGAUGUUCACAGUCAUACAUCUGGUGUAUCUGUUAGGUUACAACAUUCAAGAACUGUAUAUAUAUAUUCUCUUAUAGUUGCAUCUUAAGUCCCCUUUAACAUUUAAAUGUUACUUAAAAUUCUAUAAGAAUAAUUAUUUUAUAAGUGAUAACAUCGCUUUAUUUGUAGAAAGAAGAAAAAGUAUGUAUUCUCUUAUGCUCACAGAAAAUGUAAAUUAUGUAACAUAAAGUGAUGUUUUUUCAAAAUGUUCAGCAUUCAGUGUCUUUCCCUUAAAUCGUAUUUCAAUUUUAAACGCUUUCAUGGACAACAAAGCAAUUUGGUUAAGCUGUCUUAUUCAAUUAUUUUCCUUUGGAGUGACUGAAAUGAAUCAUCAAAUGACUGCUGGAAGUGACGUGCACACUGUUUCUGUGAUUUACUUCAUAUAAAAGCAGAAAACAAUAAAAAAAAAACGCCUCUUGCAACAGUUGAUAAUUUUCAUGCUUUGGUGGUGACAAAUGUAUUGUGCUUGUACUCUGAUGCAAAUCUCUUGUACUAAUGUAAAUGUCCAAUGUAAUUGUCUGAUUGUCACUCACAUUAAGACAUUCUGUCUGAAAAAAGAAAAUGUUUUAUGCUCUAAAAUACCUUGAAGAUCUGUGUGCUGGUGUUUCUGUAACUUUUUUAUAAAUGCAGCAUUAUAAAUAAAUCAUUCACAACAGAAUGUUUUUAGUUAGAUGGCACUGAAUAAUUUGAUUUCAUUUGAAAGUUAUGUGACUAUUUUGUGAUACUACAUGUGUUUUGUGUCAGUCACUAUUUGCUGUGGCUCUGAAAAAUGAAUCAACAUUAUAUAAUGGACGAGUUAUAUGCCUUAAGGUCCAUUCAGACCUUAAGAUCUGGCAUAUAACACUGAAUGUGAACAACUGUUUAUAUUUCUAAAGGUACAGUCACAUUUACCGUUGUUUGGCGAAUUUUCGUUGGUGAAAUCCAGUCAUUUCAACAGGAAUCCACACAAUCUAGAAUUUCAUGCAAGGGUAAAAAUUUGUAUUCACCACAUUGACCAACAGGAAGCUACAUGGUUUGAAAGGGACUUCUAUGUGAGCUGUGCUUCAUACAUUAUCACACUAUUGAGAAUGGACCUUUGUUGCCUGCAGAAUUUUGUCGAAAUUACUGUGCCUUAAUAUACAAUAACAUCUCACAUUUUUAAGGUACUGAACUUUUCAAUUACACUAUUACAGUAGUUGUAUUUGGAUGAACAUAUUUCACUUAACAGAACACUUUUUAGUACAAGACAGACCUCCCUAAAAAGAAAUAGGUCUACUGCAGUUGUUUUCAGUUAUUACCAGAAUCUCUUAUCUAGUUUGAGACCCAUGCCAGCUGUAAGGAGCCAAUAAUUUGGUUCUGUAAUACUUUGAAAUCAAAUAAUCAUGGCCUUUGAGCUGCCAUUUCAGUCAUUUUGUAGCAGAGUUUCCCCCCACAUGCAGUCUUGCUGCAACACCCUGGGGAAAUUAAGGAACAGAGAUCUAGUAUGUUCAGGACAGCUCAGCACAUAACCUAAGGCGAGAGAAACAGCAGAGCAGACAAGAGGGGGGUGGCAGUCAUUCGGGCCAUCAUUGUGACCUUAGGGUCCAGGAUUUUUACAGCAAUGCAAGAUUGUUUCUUUUCCUUGGCAAAUAUGUCAAAUAUUAAACCUAAUGAAAAAGAUGAAGUCCAUUAUGUGAAACCAAGGAUGAACAUUUGCGUUGAUUGCUUCAUGUAUGGUUUUAGUUUUUUUUUUACAUCUGCCUCUUUUAAUCCUUUCCGCUGGCUUUCAUGAGUAUAAAAUAAUUAACGUUUGACAUGGAUUCUGUAGACUGCAGAGGAAAACCUCUUAAAUACUUCUACAAAUUGCACCCAAGAGGUAAUAAAGAUUGUGGCUAUAGUAAUUGACUCCAUUGAAUCUGGUCUUAUUAAUUCUAAAAUGGCUCAUUGUGUGAAAGAGCUUAAACCCGUUGUUGUUUAAUGACUCCAUGUGAAGCACACUUUACUUGCCUUUUCAGAAACAUUUGAAACGACUGACCAUUGUCUCAAAAAUAGAGUAUUUAUACAGUUAAUCCUAAUAUAAAACAAAAGGAUUUACUGCCUCCAAGUCAGGUUUCAGCAUAAUUUAAUUACUUGUUGCUAAUUUAGAAAAAAAUAAAAUCAAUAAAAUUGUGCUUUCCCCUGCAAAUUUAAAAUUUAAUCAAUAACAAAGUCGUGGCAACCAUAAGAGGGAUAGUUUACCCAAAAAUGAAAAUUCUGUCAUCAUUAAUCACCCUCAUAUUGUAUUUGAUCUGUUUUGCCUAUAUAUUAAAAGUCAGUGGGGUCAAAAACAACAUCAGGAACAACAGGAUAAGUAAAUGAUGACAGAAUUUUCAUUUGUGUGUGAACAGAAGAACCAUCUCAUUGCAAUUUGUAACUAUUUGACGUUUUGGCGAAUUAGUGGCAAAUAUACAGUUUUCUUACGGUUUUGUACAUUUUGCUAAUUCCCCACUGAGGUUAAGGUUUAGGGGUAUGUAUGAAUUCAUACAAAUUCGCCACCAAUUUGCCAAAAUGUAUGGGCAUCGGGUAUUUGCACUAAGUGCAAAUAGCUGUAGAUGCUGUUUACACUAAAUGAAAAUAUAUUCUAUUUACACUUAGUGACAAUAGCGGCAUUUUCUUAGUGAUAUGCUAUUUACACUAGGUGAAAAUAGUGAUAGAUUCUAUUUACACCAUGUAAAAGUAUCAGUUCUUUGCAAUAAGAGUAAACAGUAAUUAGAUGCCAUCUAUACU